AUGCCCGAGGUCAGCGAAACGAGUCCCUCACUUGGUUCUGGUCAGUCGAAGUCGACCUUGGGGGUCCCAAUCACUCGUGGAAUGAGGAAUUUUACCGAGUUCAUUGGCUCCGGGCAAAGGCACUACGGGAUCGAUGGAAGGAAGAAAAUGAUGUUGGUCCAAUUGGAGAUGGAUUGGACAUGUAACUUUUUCUUGUGGAAAGCAACCCAAUGGGGUGACAGGAUGCGCGAAUCAUUGGUGAAACACCUUCCGGGUCAUGCAUGCUACUCGGGAAGGCAAUCCCAAAUGUAUUCAUUUCUGGCACAGGAUGCCCAGGCAGCAUUUCAAGACCUGAAGACCGGGUUUAUAGAUGCUCGAGAUGAAUGA